AUGGAUUUAUCUGUUUUUAUCACAGAAAUGGCCUCCACCUUCAACCCCAGAGAGUGUAAAUUGUCCAAAAAAGAGGGGCAGAACUAUGGCUUCUUCCUCCGCAUUGAGAAGGACACUGACGGUCACCUGGUCCGGGUGAUUGAGGAGGGGAGCCCAGCAGAGAAGGCAGGGCUCCUAGAUGGCGACAGAGUGCUCAGGAUCAACGGUGUCUUUGUUGACAAGGAAGAGCAUGCACAGGUGGUGGAUCUGGUCAGAAAGAGCGGGAAUUCAGUGACUCUGCUGGUUCUGGAUGGAGACUCCUAUGAGAAGGCUGUAAAACAUCAGGUGGACUUGAAAGAACUGGAUCAAAGCCCGAGGGAACCAGCUCUGAAGGAAAAGAAACCCGACCUUGGGAUGAAUGGAGGGGUGGAGACGUGUGCCCAGCCACGGCUCUGCUACCUGGUGAAGGAGGGCAACAGCUUUGGCUUCUCUCUGAAAACUAUCCAAGGUAAAAAGGGCGUGUUCCUGACUGAUAUAACACCUCAGGGCGUGGCCAUGAAAGCUGGUGUUCUGGCUGAUGAUCACUUGAUUGAAGUGAAUGGAGAAAAUGUAGAAAACGCCAGUCAUGAGGAAGUGGUGGAAAAGGUGAAAAAGUCAGGAAGCCGUAUCAUGUUCCUCCUUGUGGACAAAGAAACUGCCAGGUGCCAUAGUGAGCAGAAAACACCGUUCAAGAGGGAGACAGCCAGUUUGGAACUGCUACCCCACCAGCCCCGGGUAGUAGUGAUCAAGAAGGGCAGCAAUGGCUACGGUUUCUAUCUGAGGGCAGGCUCUGAACAGAAAGGUCAAAUCAUCAAGGACAUAGAACCUGGAAGCCCAGCGGAGGCAGCUGGCUUGAAGAACAAUGACUUGGUAGUUGCUGUCAAUGGCGAGUCUGUGGAAGCUCUUGAUCAUGACGGUGUGGUGGAAAUGAUUAGAAACGGUGGAGACCAGACUACUCUGUUGGUGCUGGACAAGGAGGCAGACAGAAUCUAUAGCCUGGCUCGUUUCUCUCCACUUCUCUACUGCCAAAGUCAAGAACUGCCUAAUGGUUCUGUGAAGGAAGCCCCAGCUCCCAUCUCUGCUCCUCUGGAGGCCCCAGGCUCAGCUACCACAGAGGACUCGGGGGAUCAUAAACCCAAGCUCUGCAGGCUGACUAAAGAGGACGAUAGCUACGGCUUUCACCUGAACGCCAUUCGGGGCCAGCCAGGCUCCUUUGUCAAGGAGGUACAGCAGGGUGGCCCUGCUGACAAGGCAGGGCUGGAGAAUGAGGACAUCAUCAUUGAAGUGAAUGGGGAGAAUGUGCAAGAUGAACCCUAUGACAGAGUGGUGGAGAGAAUCAAGAGCAGCGGGGAGCACGUCACUCUGUUGGUCUGUGGAAAGGUGGCCUACAGCUAUUUUCAAGCUAAGAAAAUCCCCAUCCUUUCUUCCUUGGCGGACCCCCUGGUGGCUGGUCCUGAUGCAAAAGGAGAGACGGAGCAUGACUCAGCAGAGUCCACGCAAGACUCCUCCCACCCAGCAAGAGACCGAGCUCUCAGCGCAGCCUCCCACUCGUCUUCCAACUCUGAAGACACGGCGAUGUGAGGAGAACAAACGACGCUUCCCCUCGUGGUCUGAGGAAGGAGCCCCUCGGACCCUGCCAGACCUCCUCAGAACCAUCAGUCCCUGACCGAAACUGCGGACUGUCUGUCUGUCUGCUGCUGUAAGGGCUGCUACUGCAGGCUGCUUAUUUAUGCUCAGCUUAGCUGGAGGGAGGGCUGGGUUCCAGUUCUUUCUAUGUGGUAUCUUCCAACGUGCAACUUUUCACUUCUGUUGAUGAAACUCUGAUGAAACGUCUUACUUCUGUGGGCUUGAGCACUGGGAUGAUUCGUUUGUGUCUUGUGAGUGAUGAUGAUUAAAGUACCCAGCAGA